AUGGGCACGCCGGGCAUCCUCAUCGACGAGGGCCUGCCGAACGACGCGGUGGGCCCUGGGCCCGUGCCGACGGGGUUCUCGCGCCUCACCGGCGGGGUGCACUACAGAGCCGAGGCCUGGGACGACGCGCAGGCGACAUUUGUGGACGUGACGGGCUCCUCCGACAGCGAGGCCGCGUUCUCACGUCUCGUGGCCGUGCGCCUCAGCGCGCUCGCUGGGCUGACGCACUUCAGCCUCGCCGUGCUCGUGCAGGCCCCGGUGUUUGAGGACUCGGCGGUCGCGGGCUCUGAUCUCUCGGUGUCCGUUUCGGUACCUCAGAUCACGUGGUCCGUCUUGCACUCUCCUCUGUGCUGCCGCACAGGCCUGCUGCACUCCCACGGGACAUCCGGGCUGGCAUUCGAGGAGUCGUUCGGCGACAUCACCUUCUCUGGUGUGCAGUUCUCGCUCUGGCAGGCUUCUGCGGAAGGCAUGGGCCUCAGCGUGUCGGUAAGCAGGGCCGGGCUUAAUCUGUACGACAUGUCCACGCUUUCCCUGGUGCAGGUAAUCCCGCUGGAAGGUAAUGGUGCCAAGUUCCAUAUGAUCACGAGGUCGUCGAAGCAGCCAAGCUCAGUGUGCCUGCGACUGCCCUCAUCAUGCCGAGCGCCUCAGAGCACGCGAGUGCCUGUGAUUGACCUGAGCUUUGGAACGUGGCGUGCGAUGCUACCGCCAUGGGCUCCAUCGCGGAUAGCCCACCUAGGGCAGAGCUUGGCCAGAGCCGGCAGCAUUGACAUGAGCGGCAUGGGCGGCAUAGCAACAGGCGCCCUGCGGCCGCCCCGGCGCCUCCCCGUGGUCGUGGAGAACGCCCUGCCAGUGCCGGUGGUCUUCAGGCAGCACGGUGCCGCAGCCGACGAGGCGCUGGUGGUGCAGCCGGGGGCAGAGCGAGGGUAUGCGUGGAGGCACCUCGGCGAGGCCGCGCGCGCGCUGACGUUCAGGCUGGGCGGAGGCGUGGCGUGGUCAGACCCCCUCGCCCUGGAAGGGCCAGCGGUGGACGGCGAGCCCCUCUGGGCGGGCCUGGACCUCUGCGAGCCGCGCCCCGACGGCGGCGGCGCCGCCAGGCGAGUGCACGUCUGCGUCCAACGGCCCUCCAGGGCGCAGUUCACCGUCACCCUGCUGCCCCCGCUGAUGCUCAUCUCUCACCUGGACCGGGCCGUGGAGUUCGCCGCCGCCGGGGUGGAGAGCAGCUCGAACGGCGUGCUGAGGUCGCGGCGCUUCCUAGAGGGCCUCCCUGCUGGUGAGCGCUUCCGCCAGCAGCCUUGUCAGCAGGAGCGCUGCACUGCCCGGCUGGGCGCAGAGCGCCCGGCGCCGCCGGACGGGGCACCGCCCACGGCGCUGCAGCCGGGGGAGCUCGUGGGGCUGCUGCCGGCCGCGGGCGCCGGGAGCUGUGCGGUGAGCGUCCGCGCGCCAGGGGAGCCCUUCGGCCCGCAGCUGCCCCUGGGCAUCGGCGAGGACCUGGGCGCCGUGGCCCGCAGGGAGGAGCGCGGCGCCGGUGCCGCGGGCGCGGCGCGGCUCGAGGGCGGCCUGCGGGGCACCCCGCGGCCGGCCUCGGAGGCCGGCCUCCCGGGCGUGCUGCACCUGUGGCCGCUGCUGGUCUUCCAGAACUCCUGCGGCUUUGCCUGCAUGCUGGCCGUGGCGCCGCUCGGCACCGUGAGCGCGGGGCCCGGGGAGGAGCGCGUGCUGGAGACUGCCGGGGACCCGCGGCAGAUGAAGGGGCUGGAGCUCUACGCGCUCCCUGGUGGACAUGGGGCGGCUCGCUCGUCGGGGCCGCUGCUCCUCAGGGGCCUCGCGCAGUUUCCGCACGACGAGGGCGAUGAGCAGGUGGCGUGGAGGAACUCCGUGUGCUGCAAGGGUCCAGAGGAGCAGCUAGGCACGGGCGUGCAGCUUCUUGUCGAGGUUCGGCACUGCAGACUCUCCGGCCUGCUGCGCUCUCUGGCGGUGGAGCCGAUGUGGUCUUUCCGGAACGAGACAGGUGCGGACGUGUUCGUGAGCGUUCCCGGCUGCCCCGACGUGCUGCACGCGGCCCCCGUCGGCGACAGCGUUUCGGCGAUCCUGGGCGCUGCUCAGCACGACCCUUCUUUUCCUUUCAUGGCCAUCUUUGGCGUCGCCAGCGGCGAUGGAGCUGGCCCUCUGGCCUGGUCCGCCCGUGCCCACCGGUGUGCCAUGACCAAGACCACGCGGGUGGAGGUGCCGCACGGGGACCGUUGCUUCGUCAUGCUGGUGAGCGUCAGCUGGCGGCGGAGUGCGCCAGGCCAGGUCUCCGGCGGCGGCGUGCACGUCUGCCUGUUCGCCGCGGCCUACGUGCGGUCCACAGUCCGAGCGGAUCUGCGCCUCUCAGUGGGCAAGGACUCCGACACUGCGCUGUACCUGCCUGCUGCCAAGCCGCCAGAGGCCGCAUCGGUGACGCUGCCGUGGCCGUGGUGGCCCUCGGAAGAGGCCGGGGUGCUGGCGGUCCUUGGCGACGGCCAGCAGGCAUCUGGCAGCGAUGGCGAGAGCCAGACGCCCUCAAAGUCGCCUCACGCAUCGCCUUCCAAGCAGCUGGCGCUCAAGGCGUCGCUGAGUCUGUCGCUCUCAUCGGGCGCCGCUGUCAGCGGGGGCUGCGGCACCGAGGUCAGCCUGGACGUGACGCCCAGCCCGACCCCGCUGGGCAUGGACAGGGCCGCGGCAGUCAACAGCUUGGCAGAGCUCCUCUCUCCUACAGUCGGUGUCCGGGCGUGCAGUGGCCACGUGUGCGACGCCUGCGUCGAGCUCAUGGGGGAUCCGCAAGCAAGCAUGCUGCUGAACCUCUCAUACUUCGCACCCCUGCAGGGCGCCCUGGUGAUAUCUCUGCUCCGGACCGCUCAGCCUCCCCUCAUCUGCGUGAACCUCAGCAUGCAGACCGCCUGGGUUUCAGAGCCCUGGCGCGGUACGUCAAUGCCGCAGCCUCCUCGAUGGCGGCGGUUGCCACCUGGGGCCUCGCUUGAGGUGCCCUGCAUGGCCAUGCGGACGCUCGAGGUGUUCCCGCAGGGAGGCAAAGAGCACCAGCAGGCCGACAGCGUUGAUGACGAUGCCGGGGGCUCUCAGCUCGAGGACCCUGCGGCACCGCGGGCGCCCGUUGCGAAGGAGUUGGCGGACGGCAUCGAGCCUGUGCAGGCACGCCUGACCGUGGACCCCGAGGCGGUCGAGCCCGCUCACAUGGACUUCCUGCUCACGGCCGAUGCAGACCUGCGGUGGGAGCCGUUCGGUUUCCCGCAGCUGGACGUCGCAGUCCGCUCUGCCUCUGGCGUGUGCCGCGUCGAGCUGCGGAGCCCCUCCGGCGAGACCUCGCAGCCGGAGGCAGCGGCGACCGUGGCCCGACCGCCGCUCCGGGCCGCGCAGAUGCCGUCCAGCCUCGAGCUCACGCUGCGAGUGGUGGACCUCGUGGUCCACCUCGGCCUCGAGAAGGGAGACGGCCUUGGGGUCUCCUCCGCAGCCAGCAGCGCGGUGGAUGGCAGGUCCCUCGCCCUGCACGCACAGGGGGUGCUUCUGCAUCAGCAGAGCGAGGCGGAGUCUGCCGCCAUGCCGCCCGGACGCGGGAGAGCCUCGCGCACCCGGAUGGCCCUCGAGUGGAGGUGCUUGAGCGUCGCAGACGUGGGCAGACCGUUCCACCACUCGCCGCUGAAGCAGGUGCUGGCGAUACCUCCCUGCGGGCUCGAGCUGGCCCUCUACCACCCACCGUAUGGCCUCCCCGUGGCGUACGAGCGCGUGCAGGUGACGUUCGAGCCCGGCGAGCUGGAGGAGUGCCCGAUGAUCUUCUGCAUCGACGACAGCCUGCUGCAGUUUGCACAGCUCCUGGGGGCCGCGGUGGCGUCGGAGCUCCAGGUGGACGCCGCCGAGGCUGGGGCCCGGGGCCAGAGCGCCGCCUCCACGCCGGGCUCCCGCCGCGCGCCGCGGUGCGGGUGCCCCGAGCUCCCCCCCGUGCAGCAGGACGAGUUCGGCUACCUCUGCUUCGAGUGGCUGUCCGUGCCCGCGCUGCCCCUCUGCGUGGACCUGCGGCUGUCCUCGCCCGUCUUCGUGUCCUUCACGGGGCUGAUGCUGACCUUCCCGGAGGUGCAGCUGUCCCAGGUGGUCACCACCGGCGUCGUGCUGAGCCAGGAGAUGAUCGCCCACUGCAUCGCGUUCGGCCUCCUGAACAUUUUCUCUUCCUCGGUCCGUGCUCCUGGGGUCCUGCGACCUGCUGGGGAACCCCGUGCAGGCCUACAGGCACCUGCGCACGGGCUUGGGCGACCUCCUCAGGAGGCCGCUGCGAGAGGGCAUGUGGUCGUUCGCCUCCCACUUUUCAUCCGGAAGGUGGCCCUGGCCGGGCGGCAGUGUGCACGGGCGCCUCCUGCAUGCAGGAACCUGCCCGCCGCAGGCCCCGGCCCCUCCGCUGGCACCGCGCCCGCCCUGGCCUCGUCGGCCCCCGCCGAUGCCGGCCUGGCGGCCGGGAUGCGGGCGCUCGUCGACGGUCUCAGCCGCGGCCUCGGCGGCGUCGUCAGGUGGGAGCAGCACACGCCGGAGCGGGCGGGCGCCUUGGGCCUGCUGCGCGGCGCGCGCAACGCGGUGGCGGGGGCCGUGGCCCACCCCGUGGGCGGGAUGCUCGACCUCCUGACGGCCACGGCGCGCGGCUGGUCGACCCGCGAGGCCUCCGUGGCCCCGGCGGGCGGCCACCCAGCAGCGUGCGCCGCGUGCCUGGGCCACUGGAAGGUCCGCCUCGAGCCGGACGUGUCGCCCCUGAAGUUCCACCUGCACUGCUGCCAGGGCCCUCUGGCGCAGGGCGCGGCUCCCGCCGUCCUGUUCUGGAGCCCACGCUGCGAGCUGGUGCGCGUGGACGGGGCCGUGGAGGGUGAGGACCACUGGACGGCCGUCGCGAGCCCAACCUCCGGCUCGUGCCGUGCGGCCUGCUGCUCACCACGGCCCAGCUCUGCGUGCUGCUCGGCGCCGGGGGCGCCCAUGCGCUGGACAUCGGCGCGGUGCAGGCGGCAGAGGAGGCCCGGGGUCGCCCCUCCGCCCUGGUGACCAUCGCGAGCGCGGCGGGCCAGAUCUGGCAGCUGCACAUGAGGCACGGGGAGCCCGGCGAGCUCAUCGCGCACCUGCGCCGGGCCCGCCUGCUCGCGGGGCUGCCGCCCGCGGGGGGCUCCUAAGCUGCGGCCGGCCGGCCUGCUGCGGCCUGGGCCGCGGGGCCGAGCCGCCACCGCUCACAGACGGGUGUGCCGCGUGCAGCGCGCGGCAGCGUCGCCUCCGCA